AUGGUUAUUCCACUGCUGCAGUGUCUGGAACCACGUUACGUAGUGAACACGGAUUACUGUCGGAUUCCGGAUCCCGAUCCCUACAGCGCCGAUGUCUUGAAGGAAUUCCGCCGUGGCAAGUACGAACCUUGCACCAAGCUGCAACCGCUGACUUGGGUGGAGUACAAUGAAUCCUCUCAGCGUUACGUGCUGAGCAUCAAUGAGAGUGCCUAUCAGUGGUAUCUGAAGUUGGAUCUGGAGCUGAGCGUGCCAGCUCCGGCUACACUCAAGUGUUGCUACAUGGAUGUACAACGUGUCAACGAACAGGAAGUGGAGCUGGGCAGCUGUAGGGACUUUCAGCGCAGUGUCCAAUUGCCCAAUGACACCGAUAGCUUCAUCGUGGAGUGCUAUGCAAGGGGGAAACUGAUCUAUACCAAUGGCCAUGCCACAGUUCCAGAGCGUAGUGAGCUGCGGCAGCGUCUGAAUCGUUGGAAGCAGACGGAUGAACGUGCUCCAAGUGUGCUUAUGAUUGGCAUUGAUACCGUUUCCCGGUUGAAUCUAAAACGCGCCAUGCCCAAGACUUAUACAUAUCUGCGUGCCAAGGAUUGGUUCGAGUUGUCCGGCUACAAUAAGAUUGGUGACAACACAUUGCCCAAUCUGCUGGCCUUGUUGACGGGUCUCAAUCUAAGCAGCAUUACGGAGCAGUGUGAUCCUCAUAAAGUCGCCGCCUUGGACAGAUGCGAGUUCCUCUGGCAGCUGUAUCGGAAUCUGGGCUAUGUGACCGCCUUUGGUGAGGAUGAUGUGCCCAUCAAUACGUUUAACUACCAGCUAAAAGGAUUCCACAAAUCUCCUGUGGAUUACUAUAUGCGUCCUUAUUUGAUGGCCGCCGAGCAGUGGCUGGACAUGAGCGAGCAGCAGGAUCAGGAGCAGCAGAUAUGUCUGGGCUACGAACACGCCUCGGAGCAUGUCUAUAACUAUGCACUGGAAUUUACAAGACGCUAUCGCAACGAUAGCUUCUUUGGCUUCUUCUGGACAAACACCCAUAGUCAUGGUUCCCACAUCUCACGGACCAGCGCCAUGGAUAACUAUAUGACCAGCUAUCUGGAGCGUCUGGUGCAGCAGGACACCAUGGAGCACACGAUUGUGGUGCUGCUGAGUGAUCAUGGCAUGCGUCUGGGCUCCACACGACUGGGCAGCCUCGGCUGGCUGGAGGAGCGUCUGCCAUUCCUCUUUAUCUGGCUGCCAGAGUAUUUAAGGCAAUCGCAUCCUGAAUUUGUCCAGGCACUGCAACUCAAUGGACAUCGUCUGAGCAAUCCCUAUGAUCUGCAUGCCACGCUCAAACACAUCCUGGUGCUGUCCGGUCGUCACAACUCGACAUCAUUGGACGGUGCCAAGGAUUGUCCCAAUUGCCAGAGUCUCCUGCUUCCGCUGUCUCUCAACAGAAGCUGUGCGGAUGUCGCCAUUGCGGAUCACUGGUGCACCUGUUGGUCCUACCGGGAAUACACCUCAAACUCCUCCUCCUCCUCCGUCGAUCAGCAGAUGGCGCAGCUCGCUUUCAAUUACAUUUCAAAUCUAAUUGCUGAGAGCCGAUUAAUCCGAAAUCUCUACGGUUUUAAGCCAGCGUCUCUCGCAGGCAUCUCGAAAUCCCUUGUUGCAGUCCCUAAUAAAGCUGAUGAUCCUCGUGUGUCCAUCCAUCGCCUACAGAUUACCACACAGCCCAGGAACAUUGUCUACGAGGUCACCAUACGCUACAAUUCCAGCUCCAAGGAUAUUUUUGUUAGCGAUGUCAGUCGUCUAGGUUCCAUUUAUAAAUAAUUGUAAUUACCAAUUAAUUACUUGUAAUUACC